GCCGUGCCCCUGUGUGCGUCCCCGUGGGUGUCCCCCUGCGCGUCGUGUGUCCGUGCGGCGCGGCGCUGUGUGGCUCUCUCCGCGCCGCCACACUGGCCUCCGGGCCCGGGCUCACUCUUUUCAGUUGUCGGCUGCACCAGAGUCCCAGAACAGGCUUCCUGGAACCCAUGACCCAUGAAGUCUUGUCAACAUUCAUACCAUCUGAGGGUAGCAGCGAAAAAGUAGAAGUAGAUGUAAAUCUGCAGCCAGGAUCGGACUGAUGGAAACAUCCUCAAAAGUGACCCCAAAUGGAGUUAUUCAAGCUUAGUGUUUGCUGAACACUGAGAGUUGUAUUUAUGCUGCAGAUGCCAUCUCAAAUAAAAUCAACACCGCUCCUGAACCUUUGGUCCAGCAGACAGUGUUGCAGGAGAUUGUGGUGUCUUUAUGAGUGACACCGGUGGCUUACGGGAGUUGGCUUCGGACCCUCUGUGACACACUGUGCUUCGUGGGACAAUGAGGAAGCUGAGAGAAAAGAGGCCUGAGGUCACACUUGCUUGGCUCCUCUUUGCCACAGCAGGCUGCCUUGCCAACUUGAAUGAGGUCCCUCGGGUCACCGUCCAGCCUGCAUCCACAGUCCAGAAGCUUGGAGGAACUGUGAGCCUGGGCUGUGUGGUGGAACCUUCGUGGGUGAACGUGACCUGGCGCCUGAACGGGAAGGAGCUGAAUGGCUCAGAUGAUGCUCUGGGCAUCUUCCUCACCCAAGGGACCCUCGUCAUCACUGCCCUCAACAACCACACCGUGGGACGGUACCAGUGUGUGGCCCGGAUGCCUGCCGGGGCUGUGGCCAGCGUGCCAGCCACAGUGAUACUAGCCAAUCUCCAGGACUUCAAGUUAGAUGUGCAGCAUGUCAUUGAAGUGGAUGAGGGGAGCACAGCGGUCAUUGCCUGCCACCUGCCCGAGAGCCACCCAAAAGCCCAGGUCCGUUACAGCGUCAAGCAAGAGUGGCUGGAGGCUUCCAGAGACAACUACCUGAUCAUGCCAUCAGGGAACCUCCAGAUUGUCAAUGCCAGCCAGGAGGAUGAGGGCAUGUACAAGUGUGCUGCCUACAACCCAGUGACCCAGGAAGUGAAAACCUCUGGCUCCAGUGACAGGCUGCGUGUGCGCCGCUCCACAGCCGAGGCUGCCCGCAUCAUUUAUCCCCUGGAGGCCCAGACCGUCAUUGUCACCAAAGGCCAGAGUCUUAUCCUGGAGUGUGUGGCCAGUGGGACACCAACCCCACGAGUUACCUGGGCCAAGGAUGGGUCCAGUGUCACUGGCUACAACAAGACGCGCUUCUUGCUGAGCAACCUGCUCAUUGACAGCACCAGCGAGGAAGACUCAGGCACCUACCGCUGCAUGGCCAACAAUGGAGUGGGGGAGCCUGGAGCAGCCGUCAUCCUCUACAGUGUGCAGGUGUUUGAACCCCCCGAGGUCACCGUGGAGCUAUCGCAGUUGGUCAUCCCGUGGGGUCAGAGUGCCAAGCUCACCUGUGAGGUGCGUGGGAACCCCCCACCCUCUGUGCUGUGGCUGAGGAACGCCGUGCCUCUCACCUCUAGCCAGCGCCUGCGGCUUUCCCGCCGGGCCCUGCGCGUGGUCAGUGUGGGGCCCGAGGAUGAAGGCGUCUACCAGUGCAUGGCUGAGAAUGAGGUGGGGAGCGCCCACGCAGUGGUCCAUCUCAAGACCUCUAGGCCAGGCACAACCCUGAAACCCCGGCAGGAUGCUAAGGCAGCCACUGCCACACCUCCUGUGCCACCCUCCAGACCUAGCAGCCCUGACCAGAAGCUGAGGGAGCCACCAGGGCUCGCCAGGGCCCCAGCGUCGAUGCCGCCUGCUUCCUCAGAGUGCCCAGGGGAGAAGGAGCAGGCAGCUCCUGCUGAGGCUCCCAUCAUCCUCAGCUCGCCCAGGACCUCCAAGACUGACUCCUAUGAGCUGGUGUGGCGGCCUCGGCAUGAGGGCAGCAACCGGGCACCCAUCCUCUACUACCUGGUGAAGCACCGCAAGCAGGUCUCAAACUCCUCUGAUGAUUGGAUCAUCUCUGGCAUUCCAGCCACCCAGCACCGCCUGACCCUCACCAGAUUGGACCCUGGGAGCCUGUAUGAAGUGGAGAUGGCAGCACACAACUGCGCUGGCGAGGGCCAGACUGCAAUGGUCACCUUCCGAACUGGACGACGGCCCAAGCCAGAGAUCAUGGCCAGCAAGGAGCAACAGAUCCAGAGAGAUGACCCUGGCGCCAGCCCCCAAAGCAGCAGCCAGCCAGACCACAGCCACCUCUCUCCCCCAGAAGCUCCAGACAGACCCACUAUCUCCAUGGCCACUGAGACCUCAGUGUAUGUGACUUGGAUUCCCCGUGGGAACGGUGGCUUCCCGAUCCAGUCCUUCCGUGUAGAGUAUAAGAAACUAAAGAAAGUGGGAGACUGGAUUCUGGCCACCAGCGCCAUCCCUCCAUCUCGGCUCUCCGUGGAGAUCACAGGCCUAGAGAAAGGCACUUCCUAUAAGUUCCGAGUCCGAGCUCUGAACAUGCUAGGGGUGAGUGAGCCCAGCGCCCCCUCCCGGCCCUACAUGGUGUCAGGAUACAGUGGCCGAGUGUAUGAGAGGCCAGUGGCAGGCCCUUACAUCACCUUCACAGAUGCAGUCAACGAGACCACCAUCAUGCUCAAGUGGAUGUACAUCCCAGCAAGUAACAACAACACCCCAAUCCAUGGCUUUUAUAUCUACUACCGACCCACAGACAGUGACAAUGACAGUGACUACAAGAAGGAUAUGGUGGAAGGGGAUAGGUACUGGCACUCUAUCAGCCACCUGCAGCCAGAGACCUCCUACGACAUCAAGAUGCAGUGCUUCAAUGAAGGAGGGGAGAGUGAAUUCAGCAACGUGAUGAUCUGCGAGACCAAAGCCCGGAAAUCUGGUCAGCCUGGUCGCCUCCCACCCCCGACUCUGGCUGUACCACAGCCACCACCCCCAGACACCAUGGAGCGACCAGUAGGCACUGGCGCCAUGGUGGCACGUGCCAGCGACCUGCCCUAUCUGAUUGUUGGGGUCGUCCUGGGCUCGAUUGUCCUCCUCAUCGUCACUUUCAUCCCCUUCUGCUUGUGGAGGGCCUGGUCUAAGCAAAAACAUACAACAGAUGUGGGUUUCCCUCGAAGUGCACUUCUGUCCUCCUCCUGCCAGUACACCAUGGUGCCUCUGGGAGGACUCCCAGGCCACCGAGCCAAUGGACAGCCCUACCUCAGUGGCAUCCACAGACGGGCCUAUGCUAACGGGCUGCAUGGGAACAGGGGGUGCCCUGUGGCUGCAGGGCACUACCCAGGCAUGAAGACUCAGCAGCACUGCCCAGGGGAGCUGCAGCAGCAGGGUGACACCAACAGCCUGCUGAGGCAAACCAUUCUUGACAAUGGAUAUGACCCCCAGAGCCACCAGGUUACCAGGGGCCCCAAGCUCAGCCCGGAUGAGGGCUCUUUCUUGUACACACUGCCUGAUGACUCUACUCAUCAGCUGCUCCAGCCCAAAGACCACCUCCAAGAGCAGCCUGCAGCCAUCAGCCAGUCAGGAAUAAGGAGAGCACCCGAAAGUCCUAAGCUGGUUGCUGCCUGGGACCCUCCAUUCCACUCAGGGCCACCGUGCUGCUUGGGCCUAGUACCAGUUGAAGAAGUGGACAGUCCUGACUCCUGCCAAGUGGGUGGAGGAAACUGGUGUGCCCAGCUCCCCUCGGGGGCCUAUGUGGGACAGGAACCUGGGAUGCGGCUCUCUUCCAGCCCAUCAGUGCAUGUGUCCUUUGAAACACCACCUCCUGCAAUUUAGGCAGAAGCCAGUAUCCUAGAAAGACUAUAUUGUGUUUUUUUUUAAGAGACAGAGAAAUUUGGUAUUUAUUUUUCUAUUAUAGCCAUAUUUAUAUAUUUAUGCACUUGUAAAUAAAUGUAUAUGUGUUUUUAUAAUUCUGGAGUGACCUAAGGAAUCCUCCUGUUGAUGUACAAAAGCAGAAACAAGCUGCAACAUAACAGGAGUCAAUCACGAAAGAACAACACAGACUGGCCAGGAUGCAGAUUCUUCACAGAACCGGAAGCUGCCUGGGGGCUGCAGGAGCCCCACAGAGGAGCUAAUGGAAGGCUGGAUCCAAGCAUCCUGCGAAGAGUGCCAUGGAAAAGCCAGGGCCAAGGCAUCACAGACUGGAGACCUGCCCUGGUGGUGGCUGGGCCUGGCGGGCGAAAGAAGUGUUUCCUAAGAUGCCAUGAGAACAGACUCAUGUACAGCUCAUAAGCAUUAACAAACCUUCCAGAAUCAAUCAUUUGUGGCAACAUAUCUCUGUAAAAACAAACACUGUAACUUCUAAAUAAAUGUUUAGUCUUCCCUACAACCUUCAAUUUAGUCAUGGAUGAGUCAGCGUUUUCUUUAGCCGUUAGAA